AUGCUACCUAGAAAGGAGGCAACAUAUUUAAGCAUGCCACCGAUAAGCAUUGUACCUAGCUCAUCGAUACCAGACAUGAGCGGUAAGCGGUUAGAAGAAGCUAUUUCUAAUGCUGAAGAUCGAAAAGACGAUCCCUAUGUACGCUCUCGUGUUCGUGAUAUAUUUGUGAGAAGUAUUUCGCCUAUUGAUUAUCAACAACGUCAAUCACCACUAGAUUUCGCUUCAAGCACAAUAACAACUGGAACGUCAAUACCAUCAAUUACAAACAAUCGACGAACAAUUGAUAUGCACAAUUCGUCACAAAUAGCCGAUGAAAAUCGUUACUUAAAUGAAGAACUCAAUCGUGUUGAAACGGCAUUAAAUUCAACUCGAGCCGAAAAGGAUGAACUUAGUAUACGUUACAAUGCUUUAUCAGAUCGACUUGAACAAUCAUUGCGAGCUCAAGGUGUCGAUACUAGCGACAAUGAACCGGAACGAGGUAUAUUGGUACAGCAAAAUAUUGAUUUAAGACGAAAACUCGAAGAAGAACAUCAAAAUUAUAAGAGAAAACUGCAGACCUAUCAAGAUGGUCAACAGAAGCAAGCACAGCUCGUUCAAAAGUUACAACAAAAAAUUUUACAAUAUAAAACGAAAUGUUCGGAACUUCAAUUGAGCCUUGACCAACAAAAAGCUGACAUAGAUCGUGCCAAAAUUAUGGGAUCUUACCGUACGGAUGGAAUGCGUGUACUUGCAUAUGAAAAUAGCUUGAGAAGCAGCGAAGAACAAGAUAUUGCGGCUAUUACAUUAGAAGAGGAGAAACACAAAUCGGCCAGUAUAGAACAAGUGAACGCGAUGUUACGUCAACAACUGGAUCAUGCAAAUGCUGUUAAUCAACAACUGACGGAUGAUUUACAUAAUAUAACUGCUGAAUUUCAACGUGUUCGAGAUGAAAUUAGUUAUAAAACCCGUGAUUGGCAUGAAGAAGCGCGUAUGUUCAAUGAAUACUAUAAUAAAGAACACAAUUUAAUAUAUGAAUUAUGGCGUGAUGUUGUAUCGUUUCGAAAACAAUUUACAGAAUUAAAAGGUUCAACUGAACGUGAUUUAACUCGUGUACGCAAUGAUUUGACGCAAACUGGUCGAUCAUUAACAACUGCUUGUCUUGGCUUUUUGUCAAACACAAAAUCAAUAGAAUCUCAAGGACAAAUUCUAUUGGAUCGAGAACGAGGAGAUAAGGUGACCUUAGAGGGAAAAAUUAGAGAAAAAACUCUAGAAAUAGAUGAAUGGCAAAGUCGUGCACAGGAGUUAACGUUGUUAAACGAAAAAUUGCGUAUGCAAUUGGCAGAAAAAGAAAGUACCAUUGUUUCACUGACACGUGUUGCACAAUCGAUACCGCGAUCAUAUGUUCCCUUUGAUGAUAUUGAUGAUCGUAAAUUGAUUGAUUGUGAUGAUUUUUUAAAUAUUUUAUAA